UGGGUCCUUCUUCCUGCCCUGAGCCGCUGCGCCAGCCUCCAGACAGACACCGAGCACCGGGGAAAAAACGAUUAAUUCACCGGUAAUCCUCCUCAAACCGACCGGGUCACCGGGAGUCAUGAUGGGCGGUAAGACCAGCGCGCUGGCCGCGGGGGUGUGCGGGGCUCUGUUCGUCGGUUACUGCAUCUAUUUCGACAGGAAGAGACGGAGUGACCCCAACUUCAAGAACAGGCUGCGAGAGCGGAGAAGAAAGAUGAAGGUAGCCAAAGAGAGGGCAGGCAUGGCAAAGCUCCCAGACCUGAAGGACGCUGAAGCGGUGCAGAAGUUCUUCCUGGAGGAAAUCCAACUGGGGGAGGAGCUGCUGGCUCAGGGAGACUAUGAGAAAGGUGUGGACCAUCUGACCAACGCCAUCGCGGUGUGUGGUCAGCCUCAGCAGCUGUUGCAGGUGCUGCAGCAGACUCUGCCACCGCCUGUCUUCCAGAUGCUGCUCACCAAACUGCCCAGCAUCAGCCAGCGUAUUGUGAGUGCACAGAGUCUAAGCGAGGACGAUAUAGAAUGAGAGGAUUGAAACAGCCUGCGCCUCUUCCUCUCGUGGACGUCUACUCUCCAUCACGACCUGCCAACGCCUCGGCCUCCAUCACUCCGGCCGAUGUCCAACACUUCCCAUCAGGGCGUCCGAAAGGGAAUUAGUUUUUUAUUCCUGAAUUAUCCAUGACAGUAGUGUUUGUUUUUUACUUAAAUUACCCGUUUUGGGGUAUUAAAAGUAUCUCAAUCAUAAUAUCCAGAGAAAUCCAAGAGCCUGUUCCCAUUUCAUCAUCUUUAGAUAUGUACUAAUUCACUGGACUGGGUGAAAUCAUUAAUCAGCUCCUUCCUUCAGGAUGGUGUGGCACACAUCCUGACCGCAUCAUUUACCAGGUUUACACUGACUGACAUGUCGUCAACCAUCUUCAUGGUUAUUGUGAUAUCAGUAGUAGAGAGUUCACAGCGCUUCACAAAGUAUUUAUUGUUUUGUUAUCAGUCGACUUUCUGUUUGGUCUAGACUUGGAAACACUUUUGUGAAAAAAAGUGGAAUGUUUUGUUCAUUUUAAAGAGGACAAACCUCUUUAUGAAAAAAUAAAAUAAAAUGUGAACAAACGA